AUGACGGUCCCCGAACCUGACGAGGCCAUCUUCCCAUCUAACCUGGGCCCUGAAUAUGUCGGCUUUGAUCAUAUCCAGUGGUACGUCGGAAAUGCCAAGCAAGCCGCCUCGUACUACAUCACGCGCUUCGACUUCGCCCUGAUUGCCUACCGCGGCCCAGAGACGGGAUCACUGUACCUAGCCAGCUAUGCAAUCGCCAACGGCAGAGCCGUCUUCAUCCUCACGAGUCCAGUCUGUGGCCCUUCGCACCCGGAAAACAAAGCCCUGCAGAACGCCACUGCCGAAGAUCGUGCGACCUUGAGCGCCAUCCACGAACAAUUGACCAUUCACGGCGACGGGGUAGCCGACGUGGCUUUCGAGGUCAAAGGUAAUAUUGGAGCGGUAUGGAAACGGGCAAUUGAGAACGGGGCAUCGGCCAUUUCCAAGCCGCGGACCGUUGCGAGCGAGGGAGGCGGGUCGAUCACCACGGCUACAAUCGGGACAUACGGCGACACGGUACACUCGCUGAUCAAUCGUGAAAAUUACCCCGAAAGCGCGCCCUUUUUGCCUGGCUUUCAAACCGUCCAGGCCAGCGAGGGAGACCCAAUCAACCUACUGCUUCCGUCCGUGCGGUUUCUCGAGAUCGAUCAUUGCGUCGGGAAUCAGCCAUGGGGAGGAGUGGACAAAGUCGUGCAGUAUUAUGAGAAAUGCCUGGAAUUUCACCGCUAUUGGACAGUCGACGACAAAGCCAUGUGCAGUGACUACUCAGCAAUGCGUUCGAUAGUGGUCGCAUCCCCGAAUGAGACCAUCAAAAUGCCAAUGAACGAACCAGCCGCCGGCAAGAAAAAGUCCCAGAUCGAAGAGUUCGUGGACUACUACCAUGGGUCCGGCGUCCAACACAUUGCUUUCCGUACAGAGGAUAUCGUCGAGGCCGUGACGCAUCUCCAAAAACGUGGAGUGCAAUUCCUACGUGUCCCAGAAGGGUACUACACGGAUCUGCGCCAGCGCCUGUCAAAGGUAUCGUGGACGCUGGAUGCAGACGUGGACGUUCUGAAGCAACUCAAUAUCCUGGUCGACUUUGACGAGCGCGGGUACCUCCUCCAGAUCUUCGCGAAGCAUGUAGGAGACCGACCAACGGUGUUUGUGGAGGUGAUACAGCGGCAAGGCUUUGAUGGAUUUGGAGCGGGCAAUUUCAAGAGUCUAUUUGAGGCGUUUGAAAGGGAACAGGCGCUACGAGGGAAUUGGUGA